AUGCUAAUAGUGUUGAACUUGUCAUCGUUUCAAGAGGUAGUAAACCGUGCUAAAACUCUAGAGAGAGUUCAAAAUGAAAGGCAUGGGAAUCAAAGAACUCAACCAUCUAAAAGAACUGGGGCUUCAUCAAGUUUUGCACCACCUAAGAGAGAUAGAGAUUCUAGUUUCCGAUAUCAAGCACAAUCAGAGUCGAUGGCAUCCGUUGCAAGGGAACCAAAUCAGGUGAGAGCUAAACAGACUCAAUCUGUCGGGUCCGGUGAUGGGAGAACACAACAGAGUCAAGUUAGACAAUGUCAGAUUUGUGGAAGAACUCAUAGCGAGAUAUGCAGAGUUAAAACAGUGGCUUGUUUCCGAUGUGGGGAAACAGGACAUUUCAAGAGAGAUUGUCCUUUGAGGGCCGGAGAACUGGUUCUUCCGGAGAGAUCUGUUUCAAUAUCUCAGAGGGGACGAGGACAGCAUUGUAACUGA